AUGACGGGCAACCCCAAACAGAGCUCCAUUGAAGCGUGCAGGAACGGCGACUUGCCACUGGCUAAAAGCAUUAUGCAGGACCACAACGACUUCAAGGCACAGCAAGAGUCUUAUGUGUAUCCUGACACUUUGAUAAAGCACGCCGUUGACGAGGCAGCGUGGAAGAAUCACGCGCCUAUUGUCGCCUUCCUACUCGAUAACGGAGCUAGUAUCACCAAUUCAGUUGUCCUUGCGGUAUCUAAGAGUCGCGACAAACCGAUGUUGGAGGAAAUCCUCAAAAGAGGGUUCGACAUCAACACAGUGGAACCAGGCGCGACCUUGCUCAGGCUAUCCACGGGACAUACUGAGUGGAUGGAGGUACUGUUACAGCAUGGAGCAGACCCCAAUGUCAAAGAUUCGAGGGGACGGACAGCGCUUCACUCCGCCGUGAUCAAGCCAUCGUUGCAACCCUGUCAGCUCCUGCUUGACCAUGGAGCCACGUUGCCACGAGAUAUACUUCAGUCUGCGAUAGGUUUCAAAGGUGCAAGCAUGGAUAUGGUUAAAUAUCUCAUUGAGAAGGGGGCUGAUCUCAACUAUGUCCGAAACAUCAAGACAGGCUACAAGAUCUGGCAAGGGACCCCUCUACAUGUCGCGGCCGGUACCAAUCGACUUGACAUCGCCCAGCUUCUGUUGAGUGCGGGAGCCGAUCCCGGCAUCAAGUAUUGGGACAAUACGCCGGCCGACACGGCCAAAGAGUUUGACUACAUGGAGAUGCAUAAUCUGCUGAAAGCGGAUGCAGCCCCUGAUGGAUUCUCCCCUUGA